ACUUCUCAACCCACCUUUCUUACUCGCUGCAGACGCUACUGACGACGAUGAGUUCCGCAUUCUCCUCGCUAUUAGUCUCCCCGCAAACUCUUAACCCUCAGCCGCGCACUAAAACCAGUGGAAGCCGACUUUAAUGGAGACCGUGUGUCCUAAAAGCCUUACGUGAGCAUCCUAUGCCCCGGUGCGUGGAUCUGGGAGUCUGUCUAAAAGCCGCGGAUACCUUUUUUGAUGAGCAGCCUCCCGCCUGGUCACCGAGCAAAACAUGCCGUACAGAACGGCUAUGUUUUAGAAAACGUACGCUGUUGGGCAUACAUCAGUUCGGCAUCGUCGAGCGGCAGUCAGUACGAAGAUGUUCGCCACGAUACCCAGCACUUCCUCAACCACAUCCACUCGCCAUGGAAGAUACACGAAGCGCCCAGACUCCACCUUCGGCCAGCUCCGCGCCCUACCUACCUACCGCCUCCCGUAUCCCCAUCCCCAUCCCCAUCCGGCUCCAGACCCAUCAGUGCGGAGUGCAUACACGUCGCCGUCGCCCGCCCGCAAAAAUAAAGCCCCUAGAACCUUCCAAUCACCUCAUGCGGAAAGGGGAAAAAUCACCCCAAAAGUAACCUGACCUGACAUCAGUCGACUUCCUUCCCCCAACCCAAACGCGACAACUCAUCGCGUGCUCGCCCGCCCGCCACAUCCGGCCGCGAAAGCCGUGGUUUGUAAUUGGCUGGACACGAGGAAAAGGAAGGGAGGGAAGGUAGGAUUGCGCGGGAGUUCUCGGAAGGAAGGGACUUGAUGCCGCACCGCGCCGCAGCGCACCCCUGAUCCGA